GGUUGGAAACUUGAUAAAGUUCCUGUUUAACAUAUUCCUUGAAUUCUAUAGCGACUAUCAUCGGAGGAAAUACACACGUUAGUUAAUACAGUUUUCAGAGCAGGAUUACACUAUGCAUAUUGGGGUAGCAAGAUCGUCAUCUUGAAAACACCUGCGAUAUAUCAGGUAUUGGAGGGAAGUCAUUGGUCGUUGAGCGUUCACGACUGGAACAGGUUAGGACAAGUCUCCUCUCCCCAAUCUACAGUGUUGGGUGGGGGGGAUGUGUACCAGUGGUGUUCCAGCCAGCUCCAGCCAUGGGGUCAGCCGGUCGGGCUCCUCGUAUGCCCUGUGUGCCCUUGGGGUGGGACUCAUAGCCCUGGGCAUCAUCAUGAUUGUGUGGUCAAUGGUUCCCGGGGAUGCUACCCAGACAACCAAGACUCCAGGCAACUCCAGUAUAACAGUGCCAGCAGACCAUGGUGAGGAUGGGGAUGGCGAGGAAGACAAGGAAGCAGCGAAGACCUUAUCAAUAGCCUAUGUGCUGGUGGGGGCAGGGGUGGCCAUGCUGCUGCUGUCUAUCUUCCUGGGGGUGAGGAACAAGCGGAGGAAGCACCAGAGAAGACAAGAGACACAGGCCGUAGGAGUCCGCUUCGUGGACCAUGUGGCUGGGGAGGCAGGAGAGAAUUUAGAUGAGCCAGUCCCAGUCUACAACGUGCCCAGCUAUGAGGAGGCGGUCACCAGUGGCCAGUUCCCCAUCCGCCAGAGCAACUUACGCCAGAGCAACUCCCAGCUGCCUUCCUACGAGGACCUCAUCUGUGCUGUGGAAAACGAGGGGGAGGGACCAAGUGCUGCCCCAGUUAAGGAGGCUCAUCCUAGCAGUCCCACUCCUGAGCCCCAGCCCGCCGCUGCAGCCAACCCCCACAGUGUAGGCCGGGCCAGCCGGAUACUACGGCCCAACAGGGUACGCAGAAUCAAGUCUGAGAAACUCCAUCUGAAGGACUUUCGUUUUAACAUUCGCAACCCUACUGAUGCGAAGGUGACCAUUGAACCAAUCACUCCGCCACCACAGUACGACGGCAAGAUACCUGAGUUCUGACAGCGCCCCCUAUAGCCUGGGAGUACUAAAAGCAUUGUUUCAAUGUUGAGUAAGACAACACUAUUGCUGGAUCAGAUGUCUAAUAAUAAUAAUGAGGCCUAGCUGUGAGUGUUCCUCCUUCACCCUGGGGCAGACCCAGACAUUGUUGCUUUGAAUCAAGUUGUUUCUCAGCUCCAUUUUGACUCGUUUAUAGACUUAUUUAUUCAGGGGCUUAUUUUCCUCUCUGUUUAGAACACGGUGGCUGUGUUUUUAACUAUCGCCCUACAGAAGGCUUGACGGGGUGCUACGCCACUGCUUAUAACAUAAAUUAUCCAACUCAGGGAGCCAGCUAUGCAUUUGGUUUGCUAACUUGCUAAGUGGCUGGCUUGCAAGUUCAAGCUUCUUGGUUAUAGCAGAUAGUCAAUACCCUCCUGGAUCAAGAUCCCUGCUACCUAAAUUUGUUUUGUGCGUCAAAAUUAUAUGAUUUCAAAUUACUUUUUUACCUUGGGAAAGAACUAGCACCCCUUGUGUGCACUGCCGGUAAUACUGUAUAUCACGGUAUGGUGCAGAAACGGUGUGAAGGUGGACCUGGAUACCGCACAACCCUGCCCUGCAGGACACACUGCACCAAAUACCCUAGUUUCAGACUCCUAAUGAUCCUUACACCUCUGAAGCCACUUCCGUACCCGUCAAAAUAACUUAUCUCUGAACUCUCAAUAGCUGUUUUUCCACCAAGUUUUAGAUAAGGGGAAUAAUGGGGUGUUAACACUAGAGAUCCUGACCGCCAGUGUGACACCCCCCCCCCCCCCCCUUUUCUCUGCAUAAGCGAGCUUGGCCCUUCUUCUUCGGUCUGCUGAUGCAAUCAGGUCCUCAAACACAGGGGAGCGCCAGGGUGGGGAAGUUAUUAAAAAGGCAUCGGGGUCCUCUGGGUCUGUCGCCACAUCAGACAUGAUGUCUUCAGUUGACCCCACAAAUCAAUGCUUCCUUUCAGCAGAGUUCUUUUUGACCGACUGUCUUGAACACUUGAAUCUCAAAGCUAAAAAAAAAUCAAAAUAAAAGUGCAAGUGUCAACUUUUAAAAACUCAGUACUGUUUUUAAAAUGUAUGGAUUGGUUCACAUUUAUAAAGUAACCCGUCUCUGGCGA